AUGUCAGAAAACAUUGCACAGUCAUCCAAAGUCUGCUUUUCAGAUGAAAGCGUAAUACUUAUCUAUCAAUUAAUCUGUUUUUUUGUAUCUAUCUAUCUAUCUAUCUAUCUAUCUAUCUAUCUAUCUAUCUGUAAAUUCUGUUUAUCUGUCUGUCUCUAUGUUCAUCUAUCUAUCAGAACUAUUUGUCUAUCUAUCUAUCUAUCUAUCUAUCUAUCUAUCUAUCUAUCUAUCUAUCUAUCUAUCUCAGUACAUUAUCUGUCUAUGUCACUCAGUAUGUAUCUAUAUACCUCACUCAGUAUCUAUCUCACUCAGUACAUAUCUAUCUAUCUAUCUAUCUAUCUAUCUAUCUAUCUAUCUAUCUAUGUUUAUCCCUAUCUAUGUCUAACUCUCUAUCUAUUUCGGUCUGUUCUUAUCUAUCUAUCUAUCUAUCUAUCUAUCUAUCUAUCUAUCUAUCUAUCUAUCUAUCUAUCUCACUUAGUAUGUAACUAUCUAUCUCACUCAGUACGUUAUCUAUCUAUCUCACUCAGUACAUAUCUAUCUAUCUAUCUAUCUAUCUAUCUAUCUCACUUAGUAUGUAACUAUCUAUCUCACUCAGUACGUUAUCUAUCUAUCUCACUCAGUACAUAUCUAUCUAUCUAUCUAUCUAUCUAUCUAUCUCACUUAGUAUGUAACUAUCUAUCUCACUCAGUACGUUAUCUAUCUCACUCAGUACAUUAUCUAUCUAUCUCACUCAGUAUGUAUGUAUGUAUCUAG